UUAGCCUGCCGACGCCCUCUCUCCUAUGCAGCGCAUUUACUGCGCCUUAAACUUUUCUCCUUCUUUCUCAAACGAAAACGAAGCAACGAAGAAGCCCAUUCCUCUCCAUUUCUUUCCUUCCGAAAUUUUGAAUCUCAAAUUUUCUCUCCCCGCUCGUUGCUGCUCCGUCGUGCAUCAAGCGGCCCUUCCCCUGCCGUCGCCGACGAACCACUUUACGGCCGCCCCUGCUUCGGUGCUCGCUCGCUUCUCUCUCUUUGGCCUCGUUGCUGCUCCGUCGUUCGUUCCGGCGUUCCCGGGAUCGCAGACGCAGCACGCGGAGGAGAAGCAGGCCUCUUCGAGCUCCCCUCGACGUCGGCGAGCGUCGCCUGCCGAGCGAGAACCCCCACACACGGAAGGCUCGCUGGUGCCGUACGCCGCCAGCGUGGUGCUGAGCUGCGUGUUCGCGGGGCUCCGCCACCUUGACCCGAACCGGGAGGCCUCCAAGAAGGCCCUUGAGCACAAGAAGGAAAUCGUAUCGCCCUGCACGGUGUUGGGGAUUUGAGGUUUGGGUGGCUUGGAUGGAGGGUUAUGCAGUGUUUGAUGUGCUUAUGUGGGAGAAUUUGGGAGCUUUUGCCUUUGGUCAAGUUGUCCUGAGUUUAUGACCGAGAUGAGAUGAUUCGAAUUGCUCGCCACCAGCAAAAUGCUUGUUCCAUAUUUCGUUCGGGGUUUGAUGGGAUUCCGUAUGCCCGUGCCCUAACGGUUGACUGGGCAAAAGAAAUAUACAAAUUGAUGGAUGAGUAUAAGAUCAAGGGUACUCCAGAUCUUUACACCAUCGCUAUUAAUAGUUGCAGCCAGACCUGCGAUUGGGAAUUUGCUCUGAGCGUGUACAAUGACAUGAAAAAGAAAGGCGUGGUUCCUGAUGAGAUUUUUCUCCGUGCAUUAAUAGACGUUGCAGGGCAUGCUGGGAGGGUGGAUGCUGCAUUUGAUAUUCUAGAAGAAGCAAGGACUUGUGGAAUGCAUCUUGGAAUUGUAUCAUACAGUUGUUUGAUGGGUGCUUGCAGUAAUGUGAAGGGGAUCAGCUUCCAAAAGCAAUGGAGAUAUUCUAUGAUAUGAAGAGGCUAGGAUUAUCCCCUAACACCAUCACAUACUCAACGCUCCUAGUGGCAAGCGAAAGGAAAGCUUUCCAGCUGGUCAAAUGUUUCAGCCAUCAUCUGUUUAGCUUGUGAGUUAAAGUGACUGACAAACUCACGAGUUAGCUAGUCUGAACUCCUUGAAGGAAGUGUCUCUGUUCAUGGCUUUGUAUAUGUUCUUGCCAAACAGGAUAAACAACUGGUUGCUUACUUAAAUGAUAUGUUCGAGAUUUCCAAGGGCAAUAAGAUGAGGUAGGAUUGAUUUGCCUUGCGUUUUUUUAUGACAGAUUUGCUUUUCUGUCUUCAAGAUCUUAGCAUCGAAUGUAUAGAUGUUUGGAGCUUGUAAUUUUGAUAGCUUGAAUCAACUAGUUACAAUUGCAUUCUUGGAUUUGCAUUCGUUAUCUUCAUCGCAUUGCCAUUGGCCAAAGCUGACUCA